AUGCCAGAGAUGCAGGAGCAAGUCAAGCUGAAGGUACAGCUGAGCAACUUAAUUCUCAUGGUCCGGGACCUGGUUGUGAAUCAACAAGAGGGAGGACACACGCGUCGUGAAGACGCAGACGCCGUUCCGGCGAGUGCUGAUCCGCAGCGCGGGAAUCCAGCUGAGACAUGGCCUCCUCCAGCUCUGCUCGACGAGCACGGUGAGCCCCACUAUCAUGUGGAACGCUUUGUGGCGCGGCGUCGUCGCCGGGGUCGUACCCAGUACUUAGUGAAGUGGAAAGGAUAUCCACAUUUGCUGCGGAGCAGCGUGCCGGAAGCAGAAGCGCUACUGCGCGAGCACGAGGCCGAGGCGGCCGUGGUGCUGGACAUUGGUAUGUCGGAAUUUGUUAGCAACGAGGUUGCUGUUUGUCCUGGUGAGGACGGCGCGGAGUGGCGCUCGAGGCAUCGUGGGCAAGGCCCAGAAGAUGCAGAUGUAGUGGCACCUAGAUCACUGAGUGAGGGUUAUGGACCGCAUGGCCCUGAGCCGAGUGUCUCGCGAGAUACUGUUUCCUCUCCGAGAAGCGUUGGUGCUGCUGCACCCGGUGGUGGUGACGGAGCUGGCACUGCACCGCCCUCGUCCGGCCGAGCUCGGUCGCGGAGGGAGAGGAGAGGAAGACGCAGGGCGUCUGUGACGUCUUUGGCGUCGGACGAGGCGUCCAACGUGACGAGCAGUGAGGCUCCACGUGAUUGCUGCGAACAGCUGUACACACUCGUGGACGGAGUGACGGAGGAGGUUGAAGACGACAUCAGCCUUGACUCUCUGCCCGCUGCGGCUUAG